CCGCCGAUCCCCGCCGCCUUGGCAGUGCUGCACAGCCGCGAGCCUGAGAGGAGCGCGCCGCCCGCCCAGUCCCUGUGCCCGGUCCUGCGUCCCGGAUCCGCCGCUAUGGCCAGCGAGGAGCUGGAGAGCAAGCUGCAGCGGCGACUGCAGCGAGAGGAAGGGGAGGACCGCCCCGAGCUCGCACCCCGCGCGGUCCCAUUCCCGGAGCCGGAGCCCGAGCCCGAGCCACCCUCCCGGGCGCCCAGCACCAGCGCCGACGCGGAGCUCAGCGCGCAGCUGAGCCGACGGCUGGACAUCAAUGAGGGCGCGGCGCGACCCCGCCGCUGCAAGGUCUUCAACCCCUACACGGAGUUCCCGGAGUUCAGCCGCCGUCUCAUCAAGGACCUGGAGAGCAUGUUCAAACAAUACGAUGCCGGACGGGAUGGUUUUAUCGACCUGAUGGAGCUGAAGCUGAUGAUGGAGAAGCUGGGGGCCCCCCAGACCCACCUGGGCCUGAAGAGCAUGAUCAAAGAGGUGGACGAGGACUUUGAUGGCAAACUCAGCUUCCGUGAGUUCCUGCUCAUAUUCCGCAAGGCCGCGGCAGGGGAAUUACAGGAGGAAAGUGGGCUGAUGGCGCUGGCGAAGCUGUCUGAGAUUGACGUUGCCCUGGAGGGUGUCAAAGGUGCCAAGGACUUCUUUGAAGCCAAGGUCCAAGCCUUGGCCGCUGCCAGUAGGUUUGAAGCUGAGCUGAAAGCUGAGCAAGAGGAGCGGAAGCGGGAGGAGGAGAAAAGGAGGCUCCGCAGGGCGGCCUUCCGGGAGCUCAAGGCAGCUUUUAGCGCAUAGUUGGUUGACCUUGAACUAUGUCCACAGCUGUGCCUCACAGAUGCCCCAGGGAGAGCUGGCUGGGCAUUCUCACCCCUUCUGACCCCUCACCCCAACCAGCCUCCACACCCACUGCCCAAUGCAAACUCCUUAGCCUCAGAGGGGUGGCAGGGGCACCUCUCAUCCCAGGGUGGGGGCCUCUCUUGAGAGGCCCUCCUGGAGCAUCCUGGGAUAGGCCAGCUGCCCCCUUGCCUCUCUCCUGCCCACCUUCUUCUGCCCUUCUCUGUAGCCACAAUGUGCCUUUACUUGGCAACCUGUCCCUUUUCCUCAUCCCUGUACCCUUCCACAUCAAAGAGUGGAAAUCAAUUUGUACAGAUAUUUCUUUCUUUGGUGGUCCUCAGAGGAGAUAGUCCCUGGGGGGCCGUGAUGUUAAUGUUGCCCGUUUUCUUGGAUAAUUCUCUGCACCUCUUCCUGUGGUGUUCCCUCACCCUUUGUUUCCCAUCCAGCUACGCUUUUGUCGUCCUUAGCCUGAUUCUACCAGUUGCUUUUGCAUCUUCCUCUGUCCUUUGAUGAUGGUAAGAUUUAAGGCAGACCAGGCUGACCAUGCCAGUCCCCUCUCUAACAGGGGGCACGGCAUGCCUCUGAGAUGACCAAAUAAUGAAAGACAAGAAGUUCUGUUCUUUUUAUCACCUUUCCCCUGCCCUCUAGUAUUCCCGCUAGAUCCACUCUCUUCAUCUUUUCUCCAUUUGUGUCUCUCCGUUUCAGCCAUUUUCCAUACUCUUAAAUACAAUGCUACUUAACUGUAAUAAAAUAAUUCAAAGUAAUGUUGAGUAGAAGAAUUCUUGUUAACUCUGACUCGAUGCAAGUUAUAUUACAAGUAGACCCCUGACAUUCCCAAGUGACAAAUCUGGAACCUUUCAAAAUCCCAAAACUCAUAACCCUUCUCAUCCCAUAGUCAAUUUCCAACGUCUGCUCCAAAGAGGUGAAGCUGUUCUUACCCCCAGCACAAUUUUUAUGUGUUGUGAGUUCUUGGGGUUGCUCACAAAUACCAGGGGUUUGUUGUAUUUUUAAAAAUAAUUCCUAAUGUCAUAUUUAUUCUCUUUUGUAACUGCUGUCUUUACAAUAAAGAAAACAUCUGCAUUACUACCUUACAGCUGUUUCUUUUUAA